CGCAAGGGAGAAGCGGAAUUGAGCCCAAGACGGCUUGGCAGCCAACCAGAACCCUGUCUCCCUCCCCAGCCCCUGAGGCUCCACCCAUGGCCUCUCCAGAAGCACAGGAGACUGGAGAGACCCCGGCCAAGGAGAACCACGUGGCCACGGGGGCCGAGCAGACAAGGGCCCCCGCCUCGCCCCUCAACAGGUCCUGGCUGGUGCGGCACUUCUCACUGCUGCUGCGCCGGGACCGGCAGGCCCAGAAGGCCGGGCAGCUCUUCUCGGGGCUCCUGGCCCUCAACGUGGUGUUCCUGGGCGGAGCCUUCAUCUGUAGCAUGAUCUUCAACAACGUGGCCAUCACGCUGGGGGAUGUGUGGAUCCUGCUGGCGGCGCUGAAGGCCCUGGCCCUCCUUUGGCUUCUCUACUACACCGCCAGGACCACCCGCCGGCCGCAAGCCGUGCUCCACCGGGACCCGCACGCGGGACCCGCUUGGGUGCGCGGCUCCCUGGUGCUCUUUGGUAGCUGCAGCAUCUGCCUCAACGUCUUCCGCGUGGGCUACAGCAUGAGCCACAUCCGCUGUAAGUCACAGCUGGAGCUCGUCUUCCCGGCCAUCGAGAUCAUCUUUAUCGGCAUCCAGACCUGGGUGCUCUGGAAGCACUCUAAGGACUGCGUUCAGAUCCAGACCAACUUCACUAGGUGCGGCUUGAUGCUGACGCUGGCCACGAAUCUGCUGCUGUGGCUUCUGGCCGUCACCAACGACUCCAUGCACCAUGAGAUCGAGACUGAGCUCAGCGCCCUCAUGGAAACGUUCUCAGGCAACAACACCAACACCUGUCUGUGCCUCAACGUCACCGCGUGUGAGGUCUUCCAGAAGGGCUACCUGAUGCUCUACCCCUUCAGCACCGAGUACUGCCUCAUCUGCUGUGGCAUGCUCUUCGUCAUGUGGAAGAACGUGGGCCGCCGCCUGACACCCCACACGGGCUCCCACCCCGGCACCCCGCCCUUCUACCUGCACGGGGCCAUCUUAGGGCCGGUGCUGGGCCUGCUGGUCCUGGUGGCAGGCACGUGCGUCUUCGUGCUCUUCCAGAUCCAAGCAAGUGGCCCUGCCAUCGCGCGCCAGUACUUCACCAUCUACUACGGCUUCCAUGCAGCCGCACUGCCCACUAUGAGCCUGGCGUGCCUGGCAGGCAUGGCCAUCCAUGGGCUGGAGGAGCGAGAGCUAGACACGCUCAAGAACCCCACCCGCAGCCUGGACGUGGUGCUGCUGAUGGGCGCGGCGCUGGGCCAGAUGGGCAUCUCCUACUUCUCUAUCGUGGCCAUCGUGGCCACUCGCCCCCACGAGCUACUCAACCACCUCAUCCUGGCCUAUUCGCUGCUUCUCAUCCUGCAGCACAUAGCCCAGAACCUCUUCAUCAUCGAGGGCCUGCACCGGCGCCCACUCUGGGAGGCAGCUCCCGAGAGCCUGGCGGGGAAGUGGGAGGCUGAGCCUCCCCGCAGGGGCUCCCUGCUGGAGCUGGGCCAGGACCUGCGGCAGGCCUCGCUGGCCUACAUCCACUCCUACAGCCACCUCAACUGGAAGCGGCGGGCCCUCAAGGAGAUCUCACUCUUCCUCAUCCUCUGUAACAUCACGCUGUGGAUGAUGCCAGCUUUUGGCAUACACCCGGAGUUCGAGAACGGGCUGGAAAAGGAUUUCUAUGGCUACCGGACAUGGUUCACCAUCGUCAACUUCGGCCUGCCUCUGGGGGUCUUCUACCGCAUGCACUCUGUCGGGGUGCUGGUGGAGGUCUACUUGGGAGCCUGAGAGUGCCCAAAAAAACCCACCCCCUGCACACCCCCGAAGUGCCAAGGCUGGGGUUAGAAUGUAACCCAGAUGCCCCAUUCCAGGGGGACCUAGACCAGCCUGGAUUCCCCAAAGCCUCCUCUUCCCCAGAUCCUCUCUGGGGUGGGUGGUCACGGCAGCCCAAGGCCAAGAGCAGGACCUGGACACUGAACUGUUAAGGCCCACACCCAGGACUGAGCACAUACCUGCCCCCUGCUCACCACCACAAUCAGCGCAGCCCCAGGAAGCCCACACAGCUACUCUCGGGGACGGCCAGCCCUAAAUGAUUCCGGGGAGUUUGGGGAGGGGCACCCCUACCGGGCCAGGCCUUGGGGGUCUGCCUCCUGCAUGGUCCAAGCUCAGCCCAGGACAUCCGGAAGCUCGCAGCUGGGCAGGCAGCCCUGCCCUUCUCUCCCCACACACCCUGUCUCCUAAUGAGCUGGUUAAUUAGCUGCUAGGCAGGGGUCAACAGCUCUCUCCUGCUGACAUAAACCCUGUUUGUUUGAUCG